AUGGCGACUGGAGGGCUGUGCGCGAGAAGCAGCCGAGAACUGUGGACCAUUCUGUUGGGCAGAUCAGCUCUGAGAGAACCAGCUCAGAUUGAGGAAGAGUUGAAUAAACACUGGCGGAGGCUGCUCGAAGGACUUUCUUACUACAAGCCACCCAGUGCAAGUUCAGCCGAGAAAGUGAAAGCUGACAAAAAUGUGGCUGCUCCGCUGAAGGAGUUGAGUCUGAGAACCAGCAAGUUCUUGGGUUUGGAUGAAGAGCAAAGCGUGCAGCUGUUACAGUGUUUUCUUCAAGAAGAUUAUAGGGGGACCAGAGACUCAUUAAAGGAUGUUCUGGAAGACGAAAGGCAGAGUCAGGCUUUGAUACUGAAGCUUGCUGACUAUUACUAUGAAGAGCGGAUCUGUAUCCUGCGCUGUGUCCUCCAGCUUCUCACAUAUUUCCAGGAUGAGAGACACCCUUACAUGGCCCAGUAUUCUCAUUGUGUGGAAAAACUGGAUAAGGAGCUGGUUCCUAAUUUCAGGAAGCAGUUUGAGGAGCUGUACCAAUCUGAAGCACCCACAUGGGAGACCCACGGAAGUCUAAUGACCGAGCGGCAGGUGUCUCGCUGGUUCAUGCAGUGCCUCCGGGAGCAGUCAAUGCUGCUGGAAGUCAUUUUCCUCUACUAUGCCUACUUCGAGAUGGCAGCAGAAGAGCUGUUGACUUUCACCAAAAUGUUCAAAGAUCAGGGGUUUGGCUCCCGGCAGACCAACAGGCACCUGGUGGAAGAAAGCAUGGAUCAUCUUGUCGAGCGCAUCGGGUACUUCAGUGCUCUCAUUCUAGUGGAAGGCAUGGAAAUCGACUCUCUGCAUGAGCGCGUGUUGGAUGACAGGAAAGAGGAGCAUAAAUUCUCUGGCACUGGGCAGAUCCGCCAAGAGAUGGACUGCUUGCUGUUAACUCUCGGGGAUGUCACACAUCAUGCCCCAGUUCUUUUGGCCUGGGCUUUGCUGCGCCACAUGUUGAGCCCCGAAGAGUCUCCUAGCACGAUCAGAAGGAUGGGCAGCACAGCUAUUCAGCUGAAUGUAUUUCAGUACCUCACCAAGCUUCUCCGAUCAAUUAGCAGCGAGGGAAAUUGCAUCGCCAGCACAGCCUGCAUGUGCAUUUAUGGCCUGCUCUCCUUUGUGCUGACCUCAUUGGAGUUGCACACAUUGGGCAAUCAGCAGGACAUAAUAGAUACAGCGUGUGAAGUUCUGGCUUCUUCUAGCAUUCCUCCACUGUUCUGGAAAACAGAGCCAAGUGCAGGUCUGGGCAUUAUUUUGGACAGUGUCUGCGGGAUGUUCCCCCACCUUCUCUCUCCUCUUCUGCAGUUACUCACAGCCCUUGUGUCUGAUAAAUCUACAGCAAAAAAGGUCUAUAGCUUCUUGGAUAAGAUGUCUUUCUACAUAGAGGUCUACAAGCACAAGCCUCCCGAUGUAGUCUCUCAUGAAGACGGUACCCUGUGGCGAAGGCAGGCACCGAAGCUGCUCUAUCCCCUUGGGCUGGGCCAGACAAACCUACGGAUACCUCAGGGAACAGUGGGCCAGGUGAUGCUGGAUGACCAGGCCUAUUUGGUACGAUGGGAGUACUCCUACAGCAGCUGGACUCUGUUCACUUGUGAGAUUGAGAUGCUGUUGCAUGUAGUGUCGACUGCAGAUGUCAUUCAGCACUGCCAGAGGGUUAAGCCAAUCAUUGAUCUGGUUCACAAAGUCAUCAGCACUGAUGUGUCAAUCGCCGAUUGUCUCCUGCCCAUUACUUCACGGAUCUACAUGCUGUUACAAAGGCUGACUACUGUUAUUUCUCCCCCGGUUGAUGUUAUUGCUUCUUGCGUCAACUGUUUGACGGUCCUAGCCUCUCGGAUGCCUGCAAAGGUUUGGAUGGAUCUUCAUCACACAGGCUUUUUACCAUUUGUUGCCAAUCCGGUCUCUAGUAUGAGUCACAUGAUCAGUGCAGAAGGGAUGAAUGCUGGAGGCUAUGGCAGUCUGCUGAUGAGUAUUGAGCAGCCGCAGGGUGAAUAUGGUGUGACGACCUCCUUCCUGCAUUUAGUCAUGACACUUGUACGGGGGCAGCUUGGCAACACCCAAAGCCAAGGUCUGGUGCCGUGCAUCGUGUUUGUCCUGAAGGAGAUGCUCCCCAACUACCACAAAUGGCGCUACAACUCCCAUGGAGUGAGAGAGAAAAUUGGUUGCCUUAUCCUGCAGCUGAUUCAUGCUAUCCUUAAUCUGUCCCCUGAGAUGGAAACUCAGAGCAGUGGGGCCCCUAGCCUGCAGUCCCUCUGCAUCUUCAGCCUGGCCAACACGGAAGCAGGACAGGCCGUCAUAAACAUCAUGGGCAUUGGCGUGGACACCAUUGAUAUGGUGAUGGCGACACAGUCCAGCAGUGAUGAGUCUCAUGGCCAGGGCCAGCUGCUCAUCCAGACAGUGAAACUGGCAUUCUCUGUCACCAAUAACGUCAUCCGGUUGAAGCCGCCGUCCAAUGUGGUGUCUCCUCUGGAACAUUCUCUUACGCAGCAUGGUGCCCACAGGAACAACCUGAUUGCUAUCUUGGCCAAAUAUAUCUACCACAAACACGACCCUGCCUUGCCACGCCUCGCCAUCCAGCUUCUGAAGCGGCUUGCCACAGUUGCUCCAAUGUCUGUCUAUGCCUGCCUUGGAAAUGACGCUGCUGCCAUCCGUGAUGCCUUCCUGACACGCCUGCAGAGCAAAAUCGAGGACAUGCGCAUCAAAGUCAUGAUUCUCGAGUUCCUCACCGUUGCUGUGGAAACACAGCCUGGCCUCAUUGAGCUGUUCCUCAAUCUGGAAGUAAAGGAUGGGACUGAUGGAUCAAAGGAAUUCAACUUAGGAGAGUGGAGCUGCCUUCACGUGGUUCUGGAGCUGAUAGACACCAAACAGCAGGAGCGGUACUGGUGUCCCCCUCUUCUCCAGCGAGCUGCAAUUGCCUUCCUUCAUGCCCUCUGGCAGGACCGCCGGGAUAGUGCUAUGUUAGUCCUCCGCACCAAGCCAAAGUUUUGGGCAAAUUUAACUAACCCACUCUUUGGAACCCUUCCUCCGCCCUCUGAAACAUCUGAGCUCAGCAUCUUGGACACCUGUGCCUUGAUCAUGAAAAUCAUUUGUCUGGAGAUCUACUAUGUAGUCAAGGGUUCUUUGGACCAGUCGCUGAAAGACACACUGAAGAAGUUUUCCACGGAGAAGCGCUUUGCUUACUGGUCAGGCUACGUUCAGUCCCUGGCAUUCCACAUGGCAGAGACGGAAGACACCGGCUGCACCUCUAUGUCAGAGUAUCAGAUGCUGAUCUCUGCAUGGCGGAUGAUGCUGAUUGUUUCUUCCAGCCACGCCGACAUCAUGCACUUGACUGACUCUGAAGUCCAGCAGCUGUUCCUGGAGGUCCUGAGUGGGACUGAGGCUUUGUUGCUGGUUCCCACUUCGGUGUGUUGUCUGCAGCUGGGAUCCAUGCUGUGCACCCUCCUCUUAAUCCUGCUGAGACAGUGGAAGAGCGAGUUGGGUUCUGUGGAUAAAAUCAUAAAUUCCUUAACGAAGAUUCUGGAUGGAGUGCUGCAGGCAGACCAGCAGAUGAUGGAAAAGACAAAGGCCAAAGUGUUCUCUGCUCUCAUCACAGUCCUGCAAAUGAAGCAGAUGAAAGUGAGUGAGAUUCCUGAGUAUUCCCAGCUGGUGUUGAGCGUGUGUGAAACACUCCAGGAGGAAUUCAUUGCGCUUUUUGACCAGACUCGGCAUUGUCUGACUUUUGGGGACUCAGCAGAUGACAAAGACAGCAUGGAAACAGACGAUGCCUCCCGGCAUAAACAGAAAGACCAGCGAGAUGGGGUGUGUGUGCUGGGGCUUCACCUGGCGAAGGAGCUCUGUGAAGUGGAUGAGGAUGGGGAUUAUUGGCUGCAAGUUACCCGGAAGAUCCCACUGCUCCCAACUCUCUUCACCACUCUGGAGAUAAGCUUAAGAGUGAAGCAGAACCUGCACUUCACAGAAGCCUCAUUGCACCUGCUGUUGACCUUGGCCAGGACCCAGCAGGGGGCAGAAGCUGUGGCUGGAGCUGGCAUCAUGCAGAGCAUUUGCUUGCCUCUUUUGAGCGUGUACCAUUUGAGCAGUGAUGGAGCUGGUCAGGUGCCGGCUUCAUUGCGGAAAUCUCUGGAUGCCCCUUCCUGGCCAGGAGUCUAUCGCCUUUCCAUCUCCUUGAUGGAGCGCCUUCUGAAGACAUUGCGGUACAACUUCCUAACUGAAGCCUUGGACUUUGUGGGCGUCCAUCAAGAGAGGAUCCUUCAGUGCCUGACUGCAGUCCGGACUGUACAGAAUUUGGCCUGCCUUGAAGAAGCAGAUCAUACGGUUGGGUUCAUUCUUCAGCUCUCUAACUUCCUGAAGGAGUGGCAUUUCAACCUGCCCCAGCUUCUAAGAGACGUGCAGGUGAACCUGUGUUACCUGUGCCAGGCCUGCACUUCACUUCUGCACAGUCGAAAAAUGCUGCAACACUACAUACAGACCAAGAAUGGAGAGCCCCUUCAGUCUGCCAUCCUGCCUCAUGUCCAGCGCCCCCCACAGACCUCUGCCAAGCCUCCCAGUCCGGAGACAGAGGCUGCUGAGCAGAAAGCUCUGCAUGCUGUGCAGUACAGCCUCCUUAAAAUCCUCAGCAAGUCCCUCGCUGCCCUGCGCCACUUCACUCCGGAUGUCUGCCAAAUCCUUCUUGAUCAGUCACUGGACCUAGCCGAGUACAACAUCCUUUUCAUGCUGAGCUUCACCACUCCGGCUUUUGAUUCUGAAGUGCCCCCCUCCUUUGGGACCCUCCUGGCCACAGUCAACGUGGCCCUGAACAUGCUGGGAGAACUGGAUAAGAUGAAGGAGCCUUUCACUGCGGCUGCAGGGCUGGCCACCCAGCAGGAGGGGAACAAGACCCUCAAGUCUCUUCUGAUGUUUACAAUGGAAAACUGUUUCUACCUGCUCAUCUCUCAGGCUCUCCGGUACCUGAAGGAUCCAGCAGUCCACCCACGAGACAAGCAGCGAAUGAAACAGGAGCUCAGCUCUGAGCUGAGCACGCUUCUUUCCAGCCUUUCCCGUUAUUUCCGCCGGGGUGGCCCCAGUUCUGCUUCUGUGAGCAUUCUCCCCUCUUCACAAGGGAAGUCUUCCUCAAAGCUAGGCCCCGAGGGGCAGGAGCCGAUCUUCCAGCUCGUCCAGGCCUUCGUUAGGCACAUGCAGAGAUAAGACCCCGUGUGCCAUUUCGAAAUCCCCUAUGAGUUCAUUUCCAUCAGCUUUUGGAUGUAGCCCCCCCACCUGCCUUGCCUCAGCCAGGCAAAGGAAACUGUGAGAUGCCUUCACCAGAAGAGCACAACGUCUAGAAGAUGUGGAGUGGUCUGCAAACAGUGCCUCGUUCAUACAAAACGAGCCUUGUGUGUCAGGUAAACCUGACGUGACUUUAUGAACUGAUUCCUUUUCAUAGCUCUUCUACAACCUGGGAAAGAAAAGAGGAUGGAGAGAAAAAGGUGGCUUGGAAUCUCUUCCCCACCACUACCCUGGAUUGGGCAUUAAUUAAAUGUUGCCUCUUCUCUGGUGAAGCACAGGCCAACUGAUUGAUUUCAGCCUAGAGAUCAUCUUUCAAGUGCUGUUUUUUUAUACUUACUGGACCAGUCAGAAAGCAAAGGCAAGAUGAUUUUAAAGGUGACCACCCUCUCCUAUUCCAGUAUGAAUUUUGAAGUUAGAAUUCCACUGCUUUGUUAUCUCACAUUUUUUGUACCACCCAUUUCCUGUUUAUACUGAUUAAAAAACAUAUUUCUAA